AUGCCUCCGCGACUGAAUAUCCCGCCAGUCACCCGCGUGCUGCUGGUUGUGCUGCUCACCCAAUCCGUCCUGAGCGCUGCCGUGCGCUAUCGCCAGUGGUCAGCGCAUUCCGAGAUCGUCGUCGAAUGGCUCACCCUCGUGCCUCAACUAUCACUGUUCUACCCCUGGACUUUCGUCACCACUACGCUGGUCGAGAACAACAUCCUGACUUUGGGCAUCGCCGGAGUGACAUUAUACCAUGGGGGCAAGUAUCUGGAGAGAGCUUGGUCUUCCCGCGAGUUCGCCAAGUUCCUCCUGGUCGUAUCUCUGAUCCCCAACGCCCUGUGCUUCUUCGUCCUGAUUAUCUUCUUCACCGUCACCCGUAACGAGAUGUGGACGCUGACGACAAUUGCCGGCACGAUCCCACUCCAGAUCUCCUUCCUCGUAGCUUUCAGCCAGCUCGUACCGGCACACACUGUCACCCUCUUCCGAGGUGUCUUAUCCAUGCGCGUUCCUCGAUUCCCGUUGAUCUAUACCGGCGUUGUCACCAUACUAGCCCUGACACCAAUCCUCACGAGUGCCUCCCUAUUCCUGGCCGUCUUCGGGCUCAUCACGAGCUGGACGUACCUACGCUUCUACAAGACCGUCUUCCCCGACCUCGACACUUCGCAGCCGAUGUCAAUGCGAGGCGAUGCUAGCGAGACCUUUGCAUUUGCCGAGUUCUUCCCUGCGCCGGCCAAGCCAUUCGUCUCAGCCUUCACAGACCAGAUCUUCAACGUCCUGGUUGCGAUGAGAGCAUGCACCCCGUUUUCUCAAGCCGAUAUGUCCAUUGCAUCGGGUAAUACCCUCCUGCAGCGAUCCGCGCCUGGACCUGGAGGCGUCAGGGCUGAAGCGGAGAGACGGAGGGCUUUGGCACUAAAGGUGCUCGAUCAACGAUUACAUGCUGCUACCGCCAGCACGCCCCGAAGCCAAUCUACACUCCCGGCCCAACCCAGCGGUCCUCCGAUACAAACUCAACCGCAGGCGAAUGUCCAGGCGGCAAUGACAUCACAGCCAGGGACCAUGCUUGGGGAAACGAGUUACAAUUCGGAUCAAGACAACGGUGAAAAGGAGAACUCGUAA